AAAAAAACAGUUUCUUUUCUUUUUUUCACUUUAUAAAUAUAUACACCUAUAUCUAAUGAGUGUCGAUUUUCAGUCAUUUAUGUCUCGUAAAGGAACUAAAACCUUAGGGCUUGUUCUUCUUUUAUCUUGUUUAGCACUAUUAACAAAAUAUUGUACAUAUGAACCCUAUACUUCUCAUUUUAAAAGAGCAAUUUUUUUUAAAAAUGAUUUAAUACUUCAACAUGAAGCCCGAUUGAAUAACCAAUUCACUUGGGCUGACGGGAAAGGUGACAUACAUCAAUUGCCGAUUGAAACUAUUUUAUCAAAAUCAUUUUCGUUAUCCUCUUAUUCUGAAGAAUCUCAAAUUAUUCCUUAUUAUUACAAAUCUCAAAUCAACUUUAUGGACGAAGAUAUUACAAUUAUCACUUUAGUUACGAGAAAUAGAAUUCCAAAUCUAUCAAGACUUGCAACAAAAUAUCAAGGGCCUAUCUCAGUGACUAUUCAUGUCUCUGAUGACGAUGAAGGUGAAUUUACACUUGAAAUCUUGGAACAAGCCAUGAAUAAGAACUCGAAUAUGCGCAAAUAUGUAGAUGUUCAUGUUAUUCGUGACAAAUUUGAUCGCGAAUUAAACCUUUGGAGAAAUGUAGCUAGGCUCUUUGCUCGAACAGAAUAUGUCAUGCAACUCGAUAUCGAUUUCUAUCCUUCCACCGAUAUCCGCCAUUCUGUUCUUAAUAACCCUAAGGCCAUGAAUCUCUUAAGAACUGGGCAAUCAGCCUUGGUUAUCCCCGCCUUUGAAUAUUCAAGACAAGAAGAAGGCUUAGAUUAUCGUACAUUCCCAAAGACAAAGUCUGAGCUUGUUAAAGAAUACAAGGAUAAAAAUAUCGAAAUGUUUCAUUCCUUUUGGUUACCAGGACAUGCCCCCACUGAUUAUGAUGACUGGCUUAAUGAAAAUGAAGAGAUUUAUAAAGUCACCAGUUACCAAUACUCUUAUGAGCCCUAUGUUAUCUUUAAGAAUCAAGGUUCUCCUUGGUGUGAUGAACGUUUUGCUGGUUAUGGUAGUAAUAAAGCAGCUUGUCUCUAUGAACUUUAUAUCUCUGGUGUUAAUUUUUAUGUCUUACCAAAUGACUUUAUCAUCCAUCAAACUCAUGCCUAUCCUGAUGAAGCAAGACAGAUAGAGAGAUAUUAUAAUCGUAGAUUAUAUACACAAUUUAGAGAGGAAACUUGUAUACGAUUAGCUCGUAGAUUUAUUACUCAAAACAAAUGGGAGGAUCCAAAGUCUGAAAACUUAAGGGAAGAAUGUGCUUCUAUAAAACCUUACCAAAGAGCCAUUGCUAGGUUCGUGUAACGUUCCUCAUUCGGUGGCGUACUGUUGUUGUUGUUUCUUUUCGAAGCCACAUAGAGUACAUAUAUAGGCAUUUCCAUUUAUUUAUACACAUAAACAAAUAUUGUACAGUAGUUUACCUUUAUAUUUUGUCAUUUUAUUUUUAUUUUAUUUUUUUUUUUACAUUCUCCUCCUCCCCUUUAUUCUUUUGUAUUUGCAUAUGUGUAUUAUAUACUUAUAAUAACUAUACACUUAAAUAAAUAAAUAGAUAUAUACAUAUAUAAUAUACGUUUAUUGACGUUAUAACCUUUAAUGUUCUUUUUUUUUUGUGCAACAAAUAUAUUAUGUAAGGAUGUGCAUGUGCAUAGAAAUUGCUAUGCUAUUU